CAGUUCCUAUAGGAAGGGCAUUACCAUCCCUUCCCCACCCACCCGACACUUCGCUCUUUCCCCUCCCCCGCCCAUAACUUCCUCUUCUUCCCCGGCUGGGCCCCGGCUGCUCUGCACUCUCCUCCCCAGUUCGCAGAUUUCCGCCCACCUUCCGCCUUGCCUAGCCGCAGCGCAGCUAGCGGGGUGUUAUUUUCGCCCCCUCUGGUAGGAGUUGCUGAAGGUGAGACUCAUGAGGGAAUACAAGGUAGUGGUGUUAGGGAGCGGAGGGGUUGGCAAAUCUGCCCUUACUGUGCAGUUUGUCACUGGGACUUUCAUUGAGAAAUAUGACCCCACCAUUGAAGAUUUCUACCGCAAAGAGAUCGAAGUGGACUCUUCCCCCUCCGUGCUGGAAAUUCUGGACACCGCAGGAACUGAGCAGUUUGCCUCCAUGAGAGACCUCUACAUCAAAAACGGCCAAGGUUUCAUUCUGGUUUACAGUCUGGUUAAUCAACAGUCUUUUCAGGAUAUCAAGCCAAUGAGAGAUCAGAUUGUCAGAGUGAAGAGAUAUGAAAAAGUACCACUAAUCCUAGUGGGAAACAAAGUGGAUCUGGAACCAGAAAGAGAGGUUAUGUCUUCAGAAGGCAGAGCUCUGGCUCAAGAAUGGGGGUGUCCUUUCAUGGAGACAUCGGCAAAAAGUAAAUCAAUGGUAGAUGAACUUUUUGCUGAGAUCGUCAGGCAAAUGAACUAUUCAUCCCUGCCCGAGAAGCAAGAUCAGUGUUGUACAACUUGUGUUGUCCAGUAAAAAAGAUAACCUCAAUCAUGGCCAUACCGAGCAGAUAAAACUCAGAGGAAAUUUGCACAGAUGCUGCUUUGGAGAACUUUACAACCUGGGUUGCAGAACUGAGCCUUGGUAAACCUGUCUCUAUUACAGCAUGUUGCCAUACAUCUAAUUAAGUGCUUAAGGUCUUUGGCCUUCAAGAUCCAAUGACCUUACACAGGAAUGCUUAGCACGUUUACCAUACGUUUAAAAUCUGUUCUUUAUCAAUCAGUCCUUUUAUAGCUAAGUUCUUAUUGAUGGUUAAUAUGCAAGGAUUAAUUUUUAAUAUUUUAAUUGAUUUCUUUAAUUAGUUUCUCAACUUGUAUUUAUUAAACACUCAAACUCAGUAUUACCUACUCAAUGCCUUUUAAAAGAAAGUUAUAAUGGAGAAAAAAUUGAGCCUUAAACAAAUGGUUACUUCUGUAUAUUACCUCGUAUCAGUGCUUCAUCCUAUUUGUAAAAUCUUUCUCCUUUAAAUGGUUGGUUAAUAUUUUGAGACUUUGUUUGCGUGUGGCAGUGUUGUAAAAAGAAACUAAAGAUCACAUUUUACCUGUAUGGAUGGAAUAUCCCUUUCCUCAAGUCCAGUUUGUGAUGUUCUAAUUAACACGUUCUGAAAGUUACAGUUGAUAUUGGAAAUUGACUGUACUUAGUCAGAGAGUUAAGUGUUUGAUUCCAUUAGGUUUUCACAUGUGUUAAUCUCAUUUACAGCAUUGAAUUGCGGCAGUAACAUUUUCCUUUCUGUGAAGUUCUAAAUUUAGUUAUGACCUACUUAGUAAUGCUUUUGAAAAGGGAUAUUGUAUCCAUGGUAAAUUAAUUGUAUACCUAAACAGAGAUUGCUCAGCUUUGCCUGUCAGGCUUGUAAUUGACAUCUAGUAGACUUCUGCACAUGUAAAAUUGAAUUCAAAUAAAAUCAUGUACACUUUCUAGUUCUUAAUAUUUAUCUUUCUGAGUAAUAGUUUAAAGCAAUAUUUGUUAAAGUUUUCUUGCACUAUCACAGUCGCUUUUUAGUUAUUUGUUAAGAAGCAUGUUCGUAGUAGAGACAAAAUCUGUGUCACAGGAGGGAGAAUAGCACCAAGUCUCUGGGCUAUCUUUAUUUUUGCAAAUGUGCAUUCUAAUAGCCAUUGCCUUCCAUGUCGUUUACCUAAUCAGCACAUUUUGUCUGAAUACUUGAACAUUUUAACAGUAACACAGGUCUAGAAACAGAAAGGAAACCUAUAAAGAGUAAUUUUUGGUUCAGUUUCAACAUCUUGACAAUGAGUGCUUUUUCUAGCAAUCAUUUUUUUCAUUUGUGUUAAGUUUGACAGUAUUUUCUUAGGAGUUUCUUUGGUUUUAUUUGUGCUUUUAACUUGCAGAAGUUAGUAACCGCAGCUCACCUACUGCACCAAAGUUCUCGAUUUUAGGAGCCCAGCUUUAGUCAUUUGAACAUGCUUCUAAGUAAAACAAAACAAAAAAACCAAAACUAUACUUCUGACCUAUAAUAAUAGCUCAAUAAUUUCGUCAAGGAAAGCUCUAAUAUAUGCAGUGACGGUUUAUGGAAGGGUGUGGCAAUUUUUGAAUUUAUAUUGUGUGUGAUGUUCGAAUAAAGUGAUACCUACAUUCAUGUGAUUUAUUGGUCAGCAUGACCAUUACUUAUUGAAUAGAAAUGGAUUAAACUUUGAUUUCCUUUUUUUAAAUCGUGUUGCAUUUGAUUCCUGAUCAAAUUCCCUCAAAACAAACUCUUAUUCUUGAAUUUUUAAUUUUAUCUGAGAUUGUAAAGAUAGAACAAAUUGAAACAUUGUUCCUUAUUUAAACUGCUUUAAAUGAAUACUUAAGUUUGCACUUUAAAACCAAACUUAAAGCAAGCACUCAUUUCAAGUAGGUUAAUUGAUUUUGAGUCAUCUUUUUAGCGUUGUGAAAUCCUUUCUAAAGGAAUCAAACAAAUCAUGAUUAAAUUUUCUGCAGAUUAUUGAUUUUUUUAAAGUGUUUCUUUCCUAGGAAUAUUGUUGUUCCCCCCCCCCAUCUCGCUGUAUUACAGUGUUCAUUGUCAUUGACCUCAGCAGCAAAUUUAACUUGAAUUCACUUAGGAUCACAGGAAUCAGGGGAAAGUGAUUUUAAAGGUGGUUUCUCCAGCACAUUUUAAGAAAAGGGACCAAAAGUUAUUUUAGCUUCCUCAAUAGAUUGCAUGUUGCCUACUAGGAUAAUAAAUUAAUAUUAAAUGCAAUAUAUGUCUUGUCUUUACUCUGGCAUCUGUUUAGGAGUUGUUCAAAUCACUGCAGUAGGGCUCUGCAAAUAAAAUCAUGUAACCUAUUAUCAUGGAUCUAAUGUACUGUAACUUUAUCAGUGUACGGUAAAAAUCUCAAAUAACAAAUACAAACAUUGAACAGUUACCUAUUAUAAAGAUUUGUAAAAGUAAAUUUUUUCCAAUAGAUUUCAUUCUUGUCAUUUUGUAAGAUGACCCUGCAGUCCACCUGUUUGUAACUUUUUUAAUAAAAUAGACAUCUGUAUUACUGAA